ACUUUGGAAUUGUAUAAAGAAAGGGGAGAAGAUGGUUUGAAGGAAGGAAAUAAAAAGGACUUCUACAAUCCAGGAAGUAUGUGCAUCUGGGAAAGAGCUUGCAGCUGAGGAGAAGACUCCACGGAGGUGCCCAGCAAACAGAGUCCUAAAGAUGCUCCAGCCGUCAACCCUUCCAGUGCCUGAAAUACCAAAUGCUUACCAGCCAAUCAGCUCCCUGUUUCCUGAGGUUCAGCAACCUGUGGAAUUUACAAACCCAGGACAGGCUGCUGAAGUUUUUGUGACAUCUCCAGAAGUCUUUCCUAGCAGUCAGCUGGGCCCUGAAAAUGUGAAGGUGACAAAUGCAAUAACAGGGACAGCACCAAAAAUCUCCAAACGAGCCAUCAAGAUACUUGGGGGGAUCCAGAUUGUGAUUGGAAUCAUGCACGCUGGGUUUGGAAUUACUCUGGCUCUACUGAAUUAUAAUUUUGAUGAUGAAUCUAGAGGGUUCACCUCCCUCUCUGUUGUCACUGGAUACCACUUCUGGGGUGGAUUCUGUUUCAUUAUUUCUGGUGCAAUCACCAUAUCAGCAUUCCUGAAACAUUCUCCAUGUCUGCUAAAAGGCAGCCUGGGAAUGAAUAGCAUGAGCUGCAUGGUUUCCAUGAUUGGGGUGAUCCUGCUGGUGAUGGAUCUGUCCAACAAUUACCAACAAGUCUACUGGGCUUUGGUAUCCAGGAAAGGGAUCUCAGGCACGCUGCUGCUCUUCUCUCUCCUGGAAUUCAGCAUAGCGUUUUCUAGUAUCUAUUUUGCCGCCCAAGCCAUCAGAAACUCCUGCAGGUGUGUUCCGGUUAUUCCAAAUGUAUAUGCAACCAAACAUGUGGUGCACCAGUGUGCCCUACCUCUCCCAGGAAGUGACAGCUACCCACCUUAUUUCUUUUAACCAAAAGAAAGGGACUCUGUUAGACAGCAGGAAGUGGAUCUACUCUGCAGAAACUUCUUAAAAGCUGGCUCUUAUUCUCCAGUGACCAUUAAUUUUUACAUGUAUUUCAAAUCCUGUUCAUGGUCAUCAUGACUGUCAAGCCAAUCGCUGUCUCUAGACACUCACCACAAAUGCACAUCUGCAAUGCGAAAACAUGGGAAAAUGACCCUGUAGCACUCAUAAAUUUAGCAAUUUUCAUCUUCAUGGUAACUUUGGUUCAAUAAAAUGUCAUGAAAAACA